AUGCGCGUCUUCCUCCUCCUCGCCGUCUUCGUCGCGGCCGCCCUCGCCGGGCUCAACCUCACCGCGCUCACCGAAGAGGUCCCGAAAUGCGCCCUCGGGUGCGCCGUGGCCGGGCCGGGCCAGGCGGGCUGCGGGCUGCUGGACAUGGAGUGCAUCUGCGCGCGGCUGCCCAAUAUUUCCGCCCUCGGCGCGCCGUGCAUGGUCAAGGCCGGCUGCAAGAUUGACGACAUCAUGAAAACCGGCAUCGUCAUUGUUGGCGAAUGCGAAAAGGAGUACGCGCGAACGCACAAUGGGAGCACCGAAGGCAUGUAUGCCCUGCCCACGGAGACGGGGUCGGCAAAGACGGGCGCAGCGGCGACGACGGGCGUGUACGGCGCUGGCUGGGCUAUCAUGUCUGCGGUAUUCUUUACGGCGACGGCAUUGUGGCUGUAG